AUGGCCAUGCUGGUAGCUCAGUUUGCUUUGGGAAUCCCGAUCACUUUUGGUCUCGUGUACGUCCUGAUACCUCUGUAUGGUAAAGCAUCUCAAACCUACAGAGCGAUCAUAGCCGGGACUUUGCUCCUAGCAACUGCUAUUCUAAAGGUCGUUGUACGCUUGGAGGCACAAAGAAUCGACUUUCUUCAUCCAGGCGAUUCGCACGUGCUGUUAAACGUACUAUUCAGCGCGCCCUCCAUCGUUUUUCGCGUUAUGCAAGCGGACCUUUUCGAAAUCAAACUUUUUACUCUCCUCAGCUUCGCGCAUGGUGCAAUAAACUUGCUGGAAAGGUUGACAAUCCUUAUUCGCGAUUUUGUUUGGUACUUUAUUUACAAGAAGCUCAAAACAGACGAGAGGGAAACCAUUUUGAAAGCAAAUCAAUUUUGUUCGCCAAGGAGCAUGCGCUUUGUCGCCGAUAUGAGCAUUCAGAUGAUCCUUGGCGAAUCAACGUCAUUGAUAGCAGCGGUCGGUUUCUUCCAGAUUUACAAGUUUAUAUACAGCGGUCAAAAGGCGUUGUCCGUUAUAACCGAAUUUUUCGUUCGCGUCUCCAUUGUUAUUAGCAUCGACUUUGCUUUUAAUUCUUUAGCCUUUUGGCUGCAGAUGUCCUAAAUGAAUGUUGCUGUAGAUCGUGUUUGGAAGAGGAAAUGGCGGAAACACAUUACUAUUCCUUUACUGUGACAGCCUUGACCAUGCUUUACUUUGCUGGUCGCUUAUUGCCCAUUGUGAGCGCCAAAAGUUCUUCAAAUAGCACAAUGAGCAAGGUGAACUGUUCACAGCUCAUCUUAGAGUCGUGACCUAAGAAAAUUUAUUUUGUCUCUCUUUUGUUAUAAGUUUCAGCGCACCUCCAUCGUAACCGUGCUAAGUCAUAGAAAGAGUUGUUUUGUACAACGGCCAUAUAAACCUUGAGUAAGAAACAGAUUACUUCAGUUAAUUAGUGAAUUUCCAUCUCCCGGGGUGAGAGCUUACUCCUUUUUAAAAGCUUCACAGGUGUGUACUUCGCCAUAGGGCAUGGAUUUUUAACCGUUAGUGUGGUCUUAUAUUUGGUCUAGAUUUUACUGAACCAUUUGUGUUUGCAAUUGUGUGAGGCAGUUUUGUCGCCAUUCGUACCGCGUGUGGAUUCGCUGAGCGAGUACUUUAAGUGGACACCGUUUUGCUAUACUGAUUUCUAUCGGUUUGGUUGGUGUCCACACAUUUCGUGUUGAAUGGUAUCCAUAAGCUUUGUUUUUGACAUUUUUAUGUCUUCUUGACAUGUUUAUGUCUUCUGUCCAGAGCGGUUUUCGUGACCGCCGUAUUGUUUAUGGCAGUUAGCUCUGUCUGCAUUACUUUGGGUGCAUUAUAAAUGGGCGUGAUGUCCAUGCAAACUUUGCAAAAUUUCUUAUACUUUGGUAAAGAGGAAGCGGUUUGUGGUUUACUUAAGGUUUAGAUAUAGUGUGUGUAAAAGUGAAUAAAAACUUUUCCUCUCCGAAUGGGUAGUUCGUUGAAGCAAAACCGAAGCUGCUUAACACGUAGACGAGAGUAGUAUGGCUGUUAAUAAAAUUUUUCCAUGUCUUUUUGUUAAAGAAAAGAAAAUAACAAAUUGGCGACCACUUGUUGCAAUCUGGCGCUUGAAAAUGUUCAUUUACUCGUCAUAUGGCGCCUAUAUCAAAAUGUUAAUUUUGGACUCUGUCAAAUAAAAAAGGUGAACGGAGCCCUUUGCAUUUUAUAAUUUCCCGAAACUUUUUACGGUUCAGUACGUUUCAAAUAGCUUUGUUUUUUUAAAAGAUUCGAUUUAUUGAGUCGUCGUAAUCUUGGAAAACGAAAGCAGAACAUGUCUUCGACACUUGUCUUCAAUUCUUUUCCUUGCUCCCUUCAGGAAAAAACACUUAGCCUAUAUUAAAAUGUUAAUUUCGACACUGUCACAAAAAAAAAAAAGAAAAACGGACUUUGCAUUUAUAAUUUCCCUAAAUUUUUUAAGGUUCACAACGUUUCAAAUAGCUUUUAUUUUUGAAAAGAUCUCGACUUAUUGAGUCGCCUUACUCUUGGAGCACGAAAACAGUGCAUUGUCCACUUGUCUUCAAUUUUUUUCUUCGCCGCCUUGAGGAAAAAAACACUUAA